GUGAUGUUUCACCUGUGCACAUUAGAGACUGUGUAAAAUUACAUUUGUUUUCCUCAAACCGUAAAUUAUAUCGCGUAAAUUUUUAAGCUAAGAUGGUUUUACACUGUUUCGUACCUGGGUGUAAAAGUUACGGCACGGACGAUGUGAAAUUUUUCACCUUUCCAACAGAAAGAAGUAAUGUGAGGGAAGAAACGCUGAAAUUGUUGCUGCAGCGAAGAGCCAAAUGGAUAACUGCUUGCAUGGUGGACCGUAAUCCGAAACCGUACCAUCGGAUAUGUAGCCGUCAUUUCGAUUCCGGCAAACCAGCAAAAUUGAAAGACACAUGCAAUGUUGACUGGGUACCGAAUUUGUAUUUGCCGUUUGCUUCAAAUCACCAGCACCAUACUCCAGAUAAAUUGCAGAUGCCGUAUUUCUGUGCAGUAUCAGGAUGCCAUAACAAGGUUUCCCGCAAUCCCAAAAUCGCGUACCAUUAUUUUCCGCGUAACCCGGAACAACUGAAGCACUGGAUCAAAUUUUGUGGAUGGGGAGAAAGCUGGGUUCCGCAGAGAAAUCAAGGAAUAUGUGCAGUUCAUUUCACUGAUGAUGAUUACGAUGAUCGAUACCAAAAGCGACAUGAAUUGAUUGGCGCUAAAAUGCGUCGGAACCUAAAAGCAAAUGCACUACCGAGCAUUGGUAGAUCUUCGACGAUUGAUGAAGUACAUUUUGAAACGGUAGACGUUGAUGAGAUACCUGAGAAGAUGGCUAGAGGUGCAAUAUACGAUGUCCCAUUCACUCCUACGAAGGAUCCACUAGGAAGAACGACUGCGAAGAAAAGUAUGAAAAGUGAUGAGGCUCCAAAUAGUUUUUCUAAAUGGCGACACAAGAAUAGCAUGUACGUUGUAAAUCCAUUUUCUAAGAACGCAGAUUCGUACAGUAUAGAAGAACCCAAAUUGUCAGCGGUAGAAGACACAAGAGAAGUUUUCUGUGUAACUGACAAACAGAAAUCCCUGAAUACCGAGGACGUCGGUAAUGCGAAAGACUAUUUUCAGGUUACCCCUAGAUAUCAAAAAGUCUCUAAAAACUUGCUAUUCAGGAAUAUUAAAAGAAAGUAUCCUGAACCAAAAUUAUCGGAAUGCAUUAGCAAGAGCAACCAACAAGGAUCCACUGAGUCGAAUCAUCCUAUUGAUACCUUUUUUCAAGGACUUGCAGCAACAGUUAAAACCUUCUCGACGAAGUACCAGUUAAUAGCGAAAAAUCGAAUGUUUAACGUUAUUUCGGAACUGGAAUGGGAACAAAUGCCACAAAAAUCAUCUGACUCUCGUCCGCCAACUCAAAAUGAGCUUUCGGACAUACAACAUGUAUUGAAUAGCUUAAACCACGACCACAACUUCUCCCAGCGCUGCUAAUGUAAGACAUACAGAUGAAACUACUUUUUUAGUUAACUCUAUGUAGAUAAAAAACCAACGUGAACACUGUAAGAAAUUUUUGCAAAUAAGUAAACCUUGAAAACACCUGA